AUGUCUUCCUUCAAACGACGUACAUCCAGCAAGGCUGUGCCCACAAACCCACCUCAGCCUGAUAGUAAUACACUCCCGAUACAUACUGUAGAUUCUACUCCAAUACCGCCCCUACUGUCUGGGCUCUCGUCAAUCGAUGACAUCCUUGGAUUCAAUGGACUUCCUACGGGACAAGUACUUCUCGUUCGGGCGCCUGAUCCACACUCAGCCUGGGGCUCAAUGAUAUCUCGAUACUCUGUCGCCCAGGGUCUUGUAUCUGGAGAAGUUAUAGCCAUCGUAUCCUCGGAGGAUGACGCCGAAGAUCUGUUGGAUGGGUGUAUGUGGACGAGUGAUGCGGUUACCUCGCCCCUCGAUGCUGAAGGAGAGGACCCGGAUGUUCAGCCGGAUGAGAGUAUGAAGAUUGCCUGGAGGUACGCCAAAAUGAAACAAUUUUCUACUACCGUACCCAAGCGAUCUGGCGAUCAAGAAUCCGCCAUUUUCGACUUGACCCUGAAAAUCCCAGCAGAACUGAUCGCGCAUAGCCGUAAAAUUGGCCAAAUAAUUAAUGUCCCACUACCCCCGAGCUCGACGUGCGACGCCGUAAUCCUCCAUAUUCGCAAACUUUUACGUGAGCUGAACUCUGUCGGCGGAUCUACUCGACGAGCACUCCGAAUCAUAGUUCCAGAACUUGGGAGCCCAGCGUGGGGUGACCUCCAACAAACUCAAGUUAUUCGUUUCCUCUUGGCCCUGCGCGGUAUACUUAGAGGAACCCCUGCAGCAGCGUUUGUUACGCUCUCUAGCACCAUUUCAGGGGACAAUUGGGGAGGGGACGGAUGGGAGGGAAAGCUCUCUCACGUAACGGAUAGCUGCAUCACCCUGGCCGGUUUUGGUGGAGACCCACUUUCAUCUAUGAGCUUCCCGAACCACCAUGGUUUAGUCAAAAUGCUAUCAUCACCAUCUCAUGGAACACUCAGGGCACCCUCUAUUUCCCGCUCCGUACUGCGCGGGAUGUCGAAUUCAGGACCUCACGGCGGCGGAGAGAACAAUCUCGCAUUCCGAUGCACCCGGAGACGUUUAGUAAUCGAAACAAUGCAUCUCGGCGCCGAAGGUGGAGUUGGAGCUAGGCAAACCACAGCGCCCACUGGAUCCGAAGUCCUAGACUCGUCGACGACUCGGGCCCCGGCUCCAGCUCCAGCUUUCGUUCCCGCUACGGCUGCGGCUUCGAUCGUAGCCCUGCCAAGCGAGAGUAAACCAGCCCGGGUGGCGAUUGCGUUUGAUGACGCGGGCGAAAUCAAAGCGGGUACGGAAGUAACGCCGACGAGCGCGGGUGAACGUGCUGGACAGAAAAAGAACACCAAGACCAAGGAGAGGCGGGUUUUGUUCCAAUCGGAUAAACCUGAAAUUUACGACUUUUGA